CGCGCGCGGCUCCCGUCACUUGAACGCGCGGCGGCGGCGGCGGGAAGAUGGCGGAGUCCGGUGGCGGUGGUGGCGCUGGUGGCGGCGGCUUCGGAGCGGGCCCGGGCCCCGAGCGCCCCAGCAGAGAGGACCGCGCAGGAUUCACAGAACUCAUCCCCCACGGCUACGAGAGCGCUUCCCUAGCAUUCCUCCUCGGCGGAGCGGGUUUUGGGGCACAGCCAGCGUGGUUUCAGACCCCGAGCAGCCGAGGGGCCGACUGCUUCGCGCACACCGCCUCACCGCACACUGAAAAUAUUGUGAUUCGGGAGGAAGUAACCGGCACCUUUGGGGAAUCGCAGACCUUUCCUGUGAGGGAAGCAGCUUCCGGAAUUGAACAGCUCAGCCUGGAGGAAAUCUUGAGGGGUGGACCUUUGGGCUUUUAAAGGCCUCGAGGGGGGUCACCCGAGUUGAGGCCGAAGAUGUUUUCUAACGCCACAACUGCAGAAUUCCACAGGGGUCAAAGACGGAUCGGCCGGGAGCGGGAGCGGGCUGGGCUGCAUAUCCGGAGAGCUCUCCUCUCAACGGGAUGUUAGAAUUUGAAGCAGCCUGCCGAAGGAAGCAGAGCAGAGAGUCGUGAUCACCAGAAUCUUCCGAGACCGGAGCCCAGAGUAGGGCACUCUCCCAAGGCGGGGUUUAGGGGGUGGCAGGUACGGGAGCCCCACUGAGGAUCCCCGAGGCAGCCUCCACGUGGACAACUCACAGGACUGUGUUUAAAAGUGGUAACCACGUGCUUGCCUUGGUGAAGUCUGGGGGGUCCCUGGAGGGCAUCUCCCGCUCUCUUUUCUCCCCUUCUCUGUCCUGCACGGGGGUGAGGCAGGGCAGUUGGGAGCACACAAAUGUUUAUGCUGCACGUGAGUCACUUGCAGCAGCAAUGGGUGGUGUUUUUCUUGCCGAGGCUGAUGGCAUCGCAUCGCCCUGCAGCUCCAGCCUUAGGCUUGCCGCCAGCAUUUUAGCAUUUAGAGUUGCCGAACUUUCGCAGUGGGGGCCACGGGUGGCUUGCUGACCUUUCAUGGGGAGCCAGCUGUCUUGUCACAGGCAGACAGGACUCAGGCUGAGUAUGGCCACUACCCACUUGCUGCCAAUUGCCCAGGUUGGACUUCCUCAACGCCCCCGGCUCCUCCCAUCCCCCCCCCCCCCCCGGGGUGGGAAGAUUAAAUGCAGGGUAGGGAGAGGCAGCAGCUGGAGAAGUGUUCAUUCCAUGGUGGUUUUCUUAGAGGCUCAUCUGCAGUGUGGUGGACAGGAGCCCUGGAUCAGAGAUUUCUGACGUCGAAAGCCCCCUUUGGUUAUGAAGUCUAGAAACUCAACUCUCUGCCUUCAAUUAGAAAAUGAAAGUUCAGGGGCGCCUGGGUGGCUCAGCCAGUUGAGCGUCUAACCCUUGAUUUAGGCUCAGGUCAUGAUCCUGGGGUUGUGGGAGCGUGUGCUGCAUCGGGCUCCGUGCCGAGCAUGGGGCCUGCUUAGGAUUCUCUGUCUCUCUCUGUUUCUCUCUCUCCUCCCUUCCCCUCUGCCCCUCUCCCCUGCUUGCAUGUGCUCUCUCUCUUUCUCUAAAAGAAAACAAAAAAUUAAAUAGAUAAUAAAGCGUUCCGUUAAAAAAAAGAAAAGUUCAUUGUUCACAUAAAAAAACCGUUCAGGGAGAGUUCUAGUUUUAGGUACACUGAGAUUCAGGGCUCAGAUGAUUCCCUUGGAAUCUGUGACUCCUUUCUCUCAGCCCUCUUGCUCCCCAUCAUCCUAGCAAUCACAGGGGAAAGGCAAAUCUCCACUUUCGUAGCUCCAGCAAAAGUCCCAGGGAGGAUUCUGAUUGGAUCACAUGGGUCACACCCCCAUCCUGGGACCAAUCAGUGU